GGGGCGGGCGCGGUUUAAAGGCGGCGGCGCAGCGGGGGCCGGCGGUGGCGGCGGCGCGGAGAGGCGAGGAGCGGAGGGAAGGAAGGAUGCUGAAGAGCUGCGGGAGGAAGCUGCUCCUGUCCCUCGUGGGCUCCAUGUUCACCUGCCUGCUGGUGCUCAUGGUGGAGCCGCCGGGGAGGCCGGGGCUGGCCCGGGGGGAGGCCGGCGGGGCGCAGCGGGCGCUGCAGAGCCUGGGGGCGGCGGCGGCCGUGGCUCCUCCGGCGGCGCAGGGGCCGCCCGGGCUCCGCAGCUUCGCCGAUUACUUCGGGCGGCUGAGUCGAGCGCGGCGGGAGCUGCCCCCGGCCCCGCCGAGCCCCCCGCGGCCGCCGGCCGAGGACAUCUCCCCCCGCGAUGUCUUCAUCGCCGUCAAGACCACCAAGAAGUUUCACAAGGCGCGGCUGGAGCUGCUGCUCGACACCUGGAUCUCCCGCAACCGCGACAUGACCUUCAUCUUCACUGACGGGGAGGAUGAGGAGCUGAAGAAGCAAGCACGAAACGUCAUCAACACCAACUGCUCGGCUGCCCACAGCCGCCAGGCCCUGUCCUGCAAGAUGGCCGUGGAGUACGACAAGUUCAUCGAGUCCGGCAGAAAGUGGUUCUGCCACGUGGACGAUGACAACUACGUGAACGUGCGGAUGCUGGUGAAGCUGCUCUCCAGCUACCCCCACACACAGGACAUCUACAUCGGGAAGCCCAGCCUGGACCGGCCCAUCCAGGCCACGGAGAGGAUCAGUGAGAACAAGAUGCAUCCUGUGCACUUCUGGUUCGCCACGGGUGGAGCAGGGUUCUGUAUCAGCCGGGGGCUGGCACUGAAGAUGAGCCCUUGGGCCAGUGGGGGUCACUUCAUGAGCACUGCAGAGAAGAUCCGCCUGCCUGACGACUGCACCAUCGGCUACAUCAUCGAGUCUGUGCUGGGCGUGAAGCUCAUCCGGAGCAACCUCUUCCACUCCCACCUGGAGAACCUCCACCAGGUGCCAAAGUCGGAGAUCCACAAACAGGUGACACUGAGCUAUGGCAUGUUCGAAAACAAGCGCAACUCCAUCCACAUGAAAGGAGCCUUCUCUGUCGAGGAGGACCCAUCCAGGUUCCGCUCCGUGCACUGCCUGCUGUACCCCGACACGCCGUGGUGCCCCACCAACAUGGUUUACUAGGAGGUGCACGUGCCCUCCAACCUCGUCCCGAGUUUCCCCGGUAUCCGACGGGCGUGCGGGACCUGCGUGCGGGUGUGUCGGUCCGGCCUCGCCGCCAGGCGGGCGGACGGACGGACGGACGUCGUUGCUGUGGUAUUGCACAGUGUGUGUGUACUGAAGGCUGCUGUGCGGCCCCUUGACCCCUGCCCUGCCUGCCCGGCUGCCCGUGCCCGCUGCCUGGUCCGGCCGGGAUGGUGGAGAGGGACGGGAACUGAGCACUUACCCACCGGGCACCCGCGGCUGGCGGGCCCCACGCCAUGCGUGGGGAGCGGCCGCAGCGCGGGGCCCUGCCCCACCCCGGGCUUGCUUCUCCUUGAUGGUUUUUGGUUUUUUUUUUUUCCCUUUCAAAUGUUAAGUUUUUUGGUGUGUUCUUCCCUUCUUUGCAUCUACCCCUCAACCUGCUCCCGUAACCCCUGACCCAGCCCAUCCUCUCUCCCAGUCCCAAAAUCUCAGCAGCGAAGCUCUGGCUCCCAGUUUGGAUGAGGGCUCCCUGUCAGUUCUGCUCCCUGGCUCGGAAGGCAGAGGUGGGCAGGGGAAGCCUCUGGCCAUGGCAGUGGCUCCUCCAGGGUCCUGCAAAGCUGCUGGGUGCUCAGCAGCCUCACUGGAGGGAGACAGUGGGGUGGCUGGGAGCUGGUGUUGGUGUAACUCCAUUUCCCAGAGCUCCCCCUACACGGGUGAAGUGUUGCUGGCAGCAUCAGUGGGUGAAAUAUUUAGAGACUGGUGUAAAGACUUUUUAUAAAUAUGGGCGUGGGAGGAGGGAUUUUCCAGAGCUGCCACAGUGGGGUGGGCACCGUGUUUGUCCAGGGUCUCCCUCCAGUUCUGCUCGGGCAGCCCUGCAGCUCUGCAAAGGAACACCUCGAGGUCUGCCGGGGGCUGUGUGUGUCCCCUGUGGGGCCAGAGCAUCCUCCAGCCUUGCCCUGGCUGUGGCUGCUGCACCAGCUGGGCACCUGCCACAGGCAGGCAGCAUCUCCCAGCCCUCCCAUUGUGCUCUCCCUGAUGGAGAGGGAUUUAUCCAGGGAGGGAGAGGGACCUCGCAUCCUCCGAGAGCUGCCCUGCCUGCCAACACCAGCCCUCUCUCUGCCCCUGGGCCGAGCCAGAACUGAACAUUUCCAACUUGAAGCUGAGUGAAAAUAGCCCAUAAUGGGUGUGUUGUAAAUAUGUUAUUGAGCCAGUAUUUUUUUUACUGUGCCUUUUUUUUUUAAGAAAAAAAAAAACACAUUGAGAAAUAUGUAGAUUUUUAAAAUGCUUUUUAUACAUUUUCUGUGGAUCAGAAAAAGAAAAAUCCCCGACCUCUGAUAAUCUGUUUAAGAAAGAAAAAAAAUAAUUUGCAAUGUCUUGUAACUAUCACUUACCUUAAUUUAUAUGUUCCAGUAUCUGGAAUGUCACUCUGUGCUUUCUGUAACUAGGAUGUGUUUAAAGCAAUAGAUGUGGGAAGGGGAACCAGCAUGGACAGUGUGUUCUCAGGGACCUGAACCCGAUCGCUGCCACGGGGUUCCCGUGGGAGCGGUCACCAAUAAAGUGGCUUUUUUUGCUGACCACA